AUGCUGCGCAGGAGCCGUGCGGCGCCGUACUACUGGUCGCGCUACCGGAUGCCGACGCAGAUGCCGCGGUUCGACGGCCCUGCCCCCGUUGCGGCGCCGCAGAACAUGAACAGCACCAAGACCAACGAGUUCAUCGACCCUAUCGACGACAAGUUCCCGUUGAGUAUCCGUGGCCCGCUGGUGCGGCCCGAUGUGCCGGAGGAUCAGUACGUGGACAGCUGGUACGUGUGCACGUCCAUGACACACCACCUUGGCGACUACCGCCCGUGGAGCGCCAGCGCGCCGCCCAACGCGUACCGCUUCCGCCCAUACAACGAGUUCGACGCGAAGGGGCGGGAGUACGUGCAGCACAUGCGGCAGUUCGCCCGUCACGACCCGCGGCGGUCGCGCGGGAAGGGCCAGAAGGGCUUCCCCUUUCGCGACGCGUACCUGACGAAGAUGAACGAGGCGAACAGCACAACACCACCGCCGACGCUGGAGACCACCAUGGACCGCGCGGUGCGGGAGCAGCACCAGCACGCGCGCGUGUUGAGCCCACUGGAGGAGCAGCGCGACGUGGGCCGCUGCGAGAAGCCGCUGCCG